AUGAAGUUCGGCGCGCAGCCCACGGACCAAGUGGCCAGCUUUCUGGACUUGGCGGGGAUCAUCAGAAGGACCGGCGACAACGCCAAGCGGGGCCAGUGGGAGUGGCGCAUCGACCCCAACUCCGGUCCAGAGGUCCGAGAUUUGAACUUUACACGAGACUAUCCGCAAACAAACUGA